AUGGCGGCUAAAUCGGACGGGGUCCUGAAGAUGAAGAAGAGUGACGUGGCCUUCACCCCCCUGCAGAAUUCGGAGCACUCCGGCUCGGUGCAGGGACUCCACCCGGGAGGCCAGCCCGACUCUGCAGGUACCGGGGACGGGGAAUUCGCCAACGGGGAGUCGCGGUGCUGCGGUGCUGGAGGCACCAACUCAACGUUCCCUCGCCUGGGCAAGGAACAGCAGAAGUACACGGUGUGGGAUUGCUUGUGGAUCAUAGCCGCAGUGGCUGUGUAUCUGGCCGAUGUGGGCACUGACGUGUGGCUGUCGGUCGACUACUAUCUCCGCCGCGAGUACUGGUGGUUCGGCCUGACGCUCUUCUUCGUUGUGCUGGGCUCUUUCUCGGUGCAGCUCUUUAGCUUUAGAUGGUUUGUCCACGAUUUCAGCACCGAGGACGGCGCAGAAUCCGCCGGUGAUUGCUCCCUCAUAGACGGGAGCAAGCUGCUGAGUGGCUCGGCCUCACACGGCGACAUAACUGCUCCACACCAUCCGGCCACGCCGCAGAGACAGGCGUCGACCGUCAGCAAGAACACCACGACCAACAGCACCGCGAGCACGGCGGUGGGCAGCAGGAGCAGGAAACGGUUGGCAUACUACUCCUUCUGCGUCUGGUUCGGCCAGUCUCUCAUCCACAUCCUCCAGCUGGGCCAGAUAUGGAGGUAUCUUCACACCAUCUACCUGGGCGUUCGAAGUCGUCAGAGUGCUGAGACAGAGCGCUGGCGUUACUAUUGGAGGAUGGUCUACGAGUUUGCAGAUGUGAGCAUGCUGCACCUACUGGCCACCUUCCUGGAAAGUGCUCCACAAUUGGUGCUGCAGCUGUGCAUUAUCAUACAGACACACAAGCUCCAGGCUGUGCAAGGUAUGACAGCAGCAGCCUCCCUUGUCUCGCUGGCCUGGGCCCUUGCCUCCUACCAGAAGGCUCUGCGAGAUUCUCGCGAUGACAAGAAGCCAAUCAGCUACCUGGCUGUCAUCAUCCAGUUCUGCUGGCACUUUUUCACCAUUGCAGCCAGGGUCAUCACCUUUGCCCUGUUUGCGUCAGUGUUUCAACUCUACUUUGGCAUCUUUAUUGUCCUCCAUUGGUGCAUCAUGACCUUCUGGAUUGUCCAUUGUGAGACAGACUUCUGCAUCAGCAAGUGGGAGGAGAUUGUGUUUGACAUGGUGGUGGGCAUAAUCUACAUCUUCUCUUGGUUUAACGUGAAGGAGGGAAGGACAAGGUGUCGUCUUUUCAUCUAUUACCUGGUGAUCUUGGUGGAGAAUGCUGCUCUUAGUGCACUGUGGUAUCUGUACCGGUCUCCUCACACCACUGACGCCUUUGCAGUGCCAGCAUUAUGUGUCAUCUUCAGCAGUUUCCUCACUGGAGUAGUUUUUAUGCUCAUGUACUAUGCCUUUUUCCAUCCCAAUGGGCCACGUUUUGGACGUUCGCCAAGUGGCCAGGGCCUUGACCUGGACCCCACUGCUCAAUUCUCUACACUACCAUCAGAAGGUGCCACCAACUCAUUGCGCUCCAACAGAGCUGCUGCCACAACUUUGGAGCGUGACAUGGGGAAGUAUUCCGAGCGGGAUGGCUGCAUGCCGGUGUUUCAGGUCCGACCCACAGUACCAUCCACUCCAUCAUCACGUGCUCCACGCCUUGACGAGACCAUCAUUAAGAUCGACCUUUGUAGAAACCAUUACCCAGCCUGGGAGCGUCAUGUCCUUGACCGCAGUAUACGUAAGGCAAUCCUGGCCAUAGACUGCUCCCUGACUCCUCCACGGCUGCAGUACAAAGAUGAUGCCCUGGUGCAGGAGAGGUUGGAAUACGAGACCACUUUAUAG